AUGGCGGCGAGCUUUAGAUGUGGGUGCCGAGGAGACCAAGCCCCGGCUAAACUUGUGCCGUCGAAACCCUACCGGAGCAAAGCCUUCUGUGUGUCAAGCAGGCUACCUUGCUCCUCUUGCCUCAUCCAGCGGAAGGACGUUACGCCCGAGGAGCCUGCUCUCAACGAAUGCCUCUUAGACCUGCUGUCCCGAAGAUCAGCCGGAGUAUACAGAAAAGAGGUGGUGACGCAGACCACCGCUUUUACCCUAACAUGCACAACGCUGGCGAAAAAGCUGCGAAGAGGAAGCACCGGUAAAUGUUCAGGCAAAGUAAAAGACCGGAAUUACCGAACCGUUGGCAUCACUGUGCAGAGCGCCAUUGCCUAA